AGCUGUUCUACAGCAGAUAAAUCAACAGAUGACCAUUAACAAAGAUAAUAAAUUACUAAACUGACAGCAGAUAAUUAAAAUAAUUAGUUUGCACUAUAUCUCCAACUUUUAACACGUUCUGUUAUCUAAUUAACUUUCUGAAUGUCCCAAUAAAAGAAAAAUAGACCUAAACAUAUAGCCUAUAAAAACGAAUAGACUGAUUUAAAAUAAUAUCUAGUAUUUGUUAAAAUAUCUUGAAUAUGUUGUUAAAUCAUUAUGGAAAAGAGUGCCCACCACACCAGGAUGUUUAAGUUUGCGUUUAGUAGGCAAAUGUCGCACCUGCUCCGUCUGUAAUUGGUUGAAAGCUCAGUCAGAUUCCACCGCAGAAUUAUCGGAUUGAAAAUCAGGGAGGGGAGCUGAAAAAACUCAACGCAACCAACUCACAGCGAUGCAGAGCUUAAGUUUCUAAACAUCACAACGGAUUUCCCUGCGCCCUUCAACGCGAAGUUUGCCUCUCAAACAAUCAAAGGACUUUAAACAUUAAGUUUUCAGUUUUUAUUUUUUCAGAAUCAUCAUGCCACGAUCAUUUUUGGUGAAAAGUAAAAAGUCUCACAAUGUGCACCGACCCAUCGACACCGAGCAAAGUCAACAGAAACUCCCGGACCCAUCAUCCAAAACAAUCCCAGCGCUGGUCCCUUUGGAACCAAAGGAAUGUAAUAUCCCAGAGCGGCCCCAGGUAGAUUCGGUCACUCGGCCGUCCCACAGAGACCCGUAUGACUUCAUCAAGUGUGAGCAAGAGCCAGACUGCCCAAUACCAUCUCUACCUGAGCUGCCUGUCACAACCAGACGGCCAUUUUACUUAUCUGAGCCUCAGCUGGCAGAGUUCCCUCCCUACUACAAGAGCUCUUAUACCUGGGAUCAUGUUCCUGCAACAUAUGACUUCAGGCAGAUGGGCUUCUCUCCAUCGCUCCUGCAGCACGCCAGCAGCCUGUACGGAGCUCAUCUGAAGCAGAGCUCUGAGCCUCAACAACCACUGGACUGCAGCACACACUACUCACCCACGUCUAACACCUACCACUGCAUUACCUGUGAUAAGGUGUUUUCCACCCCUCAUGGGCUGGAGGUUCACGUCAGACGUUCUCACAGUGGCACACGUCCCUUUGGAUGCAGCAUCUGCAGAAAGAGCUUUGGCCAUGCUGUCAGCUUAGAGCAACACAUGAACGUCCACUCUCAGGAAAGAAGUUUUGAGUGCAAGAUGUGUGGAAAGACCUUCAAGCGCUCCUCAACGUUGUCCACUCACCUGCUGAUCCACUCAGACACACGGCCGUACCCCUGCCAGUACUGCGGCAAAAGAUUCCACCAGAAAUCCGAUAUGAAGAAACACACCUACAUUCACACAGGUGAGAAACCUCACAAAUGCCAGGUGUGUGGCAAGGCCUUUAGCCAGAGCUCUAACCUCAUCACACACAGCCGCAAACACACCGGAUUCAAGCCGUUCGGCUGUGAGAUCUGUUCCAAAGGCUUCCAGAGGAAGGUAGAUCUUCGCAGACACCACGAGAGCCAGCACAGCCUUAAAUAAUGGAGAUUGCAUAUGGAAAUGAAGACCACUGAUGACUGCAAAAAAGACUGUUGCUUCAGAGGAAUGUGUUUAGACUCCUGUUAAAGGGAUACUAUUUUAUCAUCAUUUACGCACCCUCAUGUUGUUCCAAACAAUUUAGUUAUUGUUAACUUAAACUAAAAGUAGCAUUAAAAAUAAAGUUUGGUAACUGGAAUAAAUCUGGAAUUAAAUAAAUAUUAGAUGAAAAGCUUUAAAAAACUGCAUACAUAAAAAUACAUAAAUUAUUUAAUUGCAAAGAUUAGCAAUGUUGACAAAUGAAGUUGAAGUACUAAACUCAAAACUAAAACUUAAAUAAAAAUAAAUUAAUGCUAUAUAGAAAAAUAUUUUUUUAAAAGCUAAAGAAUAUAUAAGCGACUUUAAAAUAUUUGUAAAAAAUACUAUAUAAUAUAAAACAAAUAAUAUAGAAUACACUGAAAGUCAAAGGGGUCUCAAAUGAUAUUGAGAUAUUGUUAAAAUAUCAGCUUUUGUGCUUCCACAGAAGAACCAAAGUCAUACAGGUUUGAAACAACUUGAGGGGAGUAAAUUAUUGAAUUCAAAAUACAUUUCUUUAUUCUACACAAAAAGUCCAUCAAAUGUCCUUUUAAAUAUUAAAUCAUAAUGUCCAAACAUAUUUCUUUCAUUUCUAAACUUGCUUUUUAAUGCAGUGAAAUGAUUGUAUGUUAGUGUUUAGACUGAUCUUUGAUUUUGUGUUAUUUAUAGAAACUCUUGUCUCACAAUAAAUACUCCUCUUUGAAAUUGGUGCUUGAUCAAUAAUUCAUAAAAGUGGAUUUUUCAAUCUAGUUGUGAGAUAAAGAGAAGGGGGAGGAGUGCAUGUACUGUAAAUGUGUAAAAAAAAUCAGUCCUGGUACAGUGAAAAAUGAGAAGAGUCAGCAAACACGGCUUUGCUGUGUUUGUCUUCUUGUGUCUCCGCCCUGUCGAGGAUCCGGAUACACAGUUCCGUUGGUCUUGCUCAUGGCUUUGCACACUGCCGGAGGCUGUGUGAAAUCUCUGGUGUGACUAGAGAUAAAGCUUCAUUCAAAUAGGUACCUGGAACUCUACAUGCAAAUCUCCUGCCUGGCAGGUUUGUAAACUUCAUGCGGCUGAAUGAACGGACCUUCUGGGCCUGAGCUUGGCGGAGAAAGGCAAAGCAGCAAAACAAAGAAAUUGAUGUUUAUGAAUGCAAUGAUUCCUGUGAUUAAACUUUGACCAACUGGGACUCCUUAGUCUUAGUUGUGCAAACAUUUUGACUAAGAAAACUCAGAGAUUUACUGACGUCUGCUUCUCAGGUCACUCCCAUCAGCGGAGUUCAAGCUGCUUUGCCAAACAAAUUCCCACUGACACAGCUUUGCGCACACCGCCCCUUUCAAACAAAACAGACAGUUAGGAAAAUCCAAUCAGUCUACACUGUACUGUAUCAUAAACCAUGCAUUGCACACCUCACAUGUGGUUCCCUCAGACGCUGGUAGUGGCGGCUGAUCACAAAACAGGGUCAUGACUGGUAAGUGCGGUUAUUCAGCGAAGAGGAACUUACUGAGAAAAAAGCUGAAGAAAGUUGGACAGAAAUCUCAUCACUUCCACUUCUGACCUGUUCCCCAUCUGCGCCCUGCACACCUGCUCACCUGUCAAAAAAGUUCGGAACAGAAAUCAGUGUUCACAUCAGGGUGGAAACAGACAGUGCAUCUCUAGUAACAGUUGGUAAACAAAUCUGUGGUGCCCAUGCAAAUAAUUCUUUUAUUACCUCAGCAACGGGGUCUGAGUCAUGCUGAGGACAGUUACAGCCACAUCCUGGAACGAGACAGUAAAUCCAACAGCAAAUCACAAUCUUGCUCAGUGAGCCAAUCGGUGUCAGAUUUGGAUGACAGACAAUGUAUGAGCAAACAGGAUUUUA